AUGAGAUGUUUGCAGCGGCGAGCAGGGCUGGUGGAGACUAGCUGUGCAGCAGUAGCACACGGGUGGAAGAUAGCGUGUGCGAUCCUCGGGGGGCACGUGCAGGAAAUCACUUCUUCUAAGUCAACACUCCCAACCCGAUCAACACCCUGAACAGGGCUCUGUGAUCGAGCUGUAGGACCUCUCUUCCCGUGCGGUUUGCCUCCUCACUCGGUAAGACUGGCCCCAGCGGAGAUGCAGACACAGAAGGUCCCGGGGAGGAAGCGUGGCCGGCCUCCCCUUCACUCCACGCCGGUGCCCAUGGCAGUCCAUAACCUUUAUUCUGCUUCUGCCGGCUCUGGACCAGCAGUGACAAUCCCAAAGAAGAGAGGGCGGAAACCCAGGUACAAGAUCAAGCCUCCAGUGCUCAUGACUCCUUUGGCUCUGUCGCCUCCACGGAGUACCCCGGAACCCGACCUCAGCUCCAUCCCUCAGGAUGCAGCCACCAUCCCCAGCUUGGUGGUCCCACAGGCUCUCACAGUGUGCCUCUACAUUAACAAGCAGGCCGAUGCGGGUCCGUACCUGGAGAGGAGGAAGCUGCAGCAGCUUCCUGAGCGCCUGGGGCCUGAGCGGCCUGCAGCUGUCCUGCAGCAGGCGGUGCAGGCAUGCAUCGACUGUGCGCACCAGCCAAGGCUGGUCUUCUCCCUUGUCAAGCAGGGCUACCGCGGUGAGCUGGUGUCAGUCUCUGCUUCCUUUGAUGGAAAACAGCACCUGAGGAGUCUGCCCGUGGUGAACAGUGUGGGCUAUGUCCUCCGCUUCCUGACCACACUCUGCCGCAGGCUCCUAUGUGACAACCUCUUCAGCCACCUGCCCUACCCCGGGAGCCUCGGUGCCUCUGAGAAGACCCAGGAGAGAGAGGAUGCGAGGACCGAGUCAGCCCAGGCGGCCACUGCUGAAGAGUGUCUGGCAAACCCUGUAGGCAUGAGCCGCUACAGCAUGGACACCUCCUCCACGGCCUUUAGCCACAGAGGCUCCUUGACCCACUCCUCCUCACAGUACUACAAGAGGCGCAACUCUGGAGACAGCCACCUUGGGGGAGGCCCUCCCGCUACCACCGGUGGUUCCCGUACCAACCCUGUGCCCUUAGGAGGUCCAUCGACGCCUGGACUGAGGUUCCCAGCCUCCAGCCCCAAGAGGAGUGAUGUCGAAGGAGACAGAUGUGCCUCCAGCCCCUCUCCAGAGGUGUCAGACAUCAGGCGACUGAGCAGCAGAAACCCUUCGACCUGGACCGUGGAGGAUGUGGUUCGGUUUUUGAAGGACGCUGACCCUCAGGCUCUGGGGCCUCAUGUGGAGCUCUUCAGAAAGCAUGAGAUUGAUGGCAAUGCCUUGCUGUUGCUGAGGAGUGACAUGAUCAUGAAAUACCUGGGACUGAAGCUGGGACCCGCACUGAAACUCUGCUACCACAUUGACAAGCUGAAGCAAGCCAAGUUCUGAAGUUGGUAGAGUUAGAAGCAAAGCCCUAGACCUCAAAAUCAUCUUUUGCCUGACCAGCACCCAGCCAGCAUCACAAGCAAUUUGUCUUCUUACAAGUGACAGCCACAAAGACUUUGUCUUUUUACAAAAUGUGCAUCUUUGCCAUUUCUAACAUUCCAAAUGGCCCCUUUCAGAGGCUCCACUGUGUUCAUUGAUUUGUCAGAAAAAUCACAAAAGGCCUGUUACAUCUAAAGUUCCUCACAUGCUGGUCACUCUUUAUGGGUGCUAUUUGUGUCAUGACAGAGUGGAUAACUGAAUGCUGCCACCCUAGGAGAGCCCUGGAAGGGGCUUUCAAAGUUGAGAAGGACCUUGUCCUUGGUGGUGGUGUGGGGUUGCCCACGGCAGGAGCAGCCUCUCCCUGUUCUGGGGACCUAUCAGCCUGAGCCUCACUGGAGUCAGCUCUGGGGUGACUUUCUCCCGAGGAUGACUUGCCUCGCCUUGCACUAUCUGAAAACUUCAAGUUUUUUGGCUCCCUCAAAGAACAGUGAGGAAAAGAUGUUUUCCAGCCCUAGCUCCUGCAGUCCUUCAUUGCUCCACCAGAGGGCAGACUGCACUGCUAAUGAGAAUUCAGGAUGCUGCCUGCUGUGGUCCGCUCAUUCAGAACUCAAUGCUGGGUUAGGGCUUCUAUGAGCAAGAUCUGGACUGGACGGGGACAGGGGAUUAAUGCCACAGUCAGCAUCCCAGAUUGCCACUUGAGAAGAAAUUGUGAUCUGGGGGGUUCCAGAUUCACUACUGGCUGACUGUCGAGGGGAAAAUCUGGACACAACUGUCUGCCUAAACAAAGAUUUGGAGUCCCCUCCCUCCCAGACUCUUGCUGGGGGCUGAGACGCUGGCGUGCUGAAGAACCUUGGUGACAUUUAUCGAUGUGUGUUUCUUGAAGAAAAAGAAGGGAAGGAAAACUGUCUCAACAAGCGUGGAGUGAGGGAGUGCUGAUUUUGAGUUAUGUGGCCGCAUUCUGUAGCUGUGUCUGUGGCUAAUUUUUCUAGUCCUCGACAAAUACACAGAUGUGUUUUUAUUGGGUUUAAUUCAAUUUACAAAUAGGUUUUCACUCUUCACUGUGAAGUAAUAAGAAAAAAAUUGAUUUUCUGCCUUUUGCAGCUGUGUCCAGCGAGGGACGGAGCCACGGUUUACCGAGCAGAAGGGUGACCUCUCCUCUUCCUGCUGUCCUUUGUCAAGUUCUUUCUUUCCCUCUGUUUAUAAAGACCCUUAGAGAACUCCUGGGCACAUCUUUUUCCUUAAAGGCGCGUCUGGGGAGGGUGAGGAUCAAGAGUAACACAGGGUUUCCCAUGGCCGCAGCGUGAGUUAGGAAAGGCGUCUCCGCUUAGGUUGCAGCCUGGGCAAGGUCUCAGCUGGCAUGUGGAGCCGGAGGGAUGUUGACCCCUCAGCUCUCAGCCAGAUGUCUUGCUUCAGAACAAGAUAAGGGUAGCUCCUUGGAUGGAGCUACCUACUGUACAGAUGGGCUAGAAUUUGGGCGAAGUCCACAGGAAAUAUUCCAUGGUAUGCUACGGGGCCCACUUUGAUGUCCCCUGUUUGAGAAAGUGUGACCUGACACCCACAGGAUCUUUGUUACAUGUACAAUGGUGGUUGGACUUGAAAUAUGACCAAGAAGGGGAAGAAUGUCCCAAAGCUUCCCGCCAAAUGGAACUUGAUCAGUUUCAGAUCAGCUGGAUGUCUGGUAUUUUUAGCAUGCGACAAAAUGACCUUGAAUCAGACCUUGGGGAGAAUCUUUAAGAAGUUAGAAGCAGUGAGCAGACUCUGCCUUGCGAAAGCUUGUUAGGGGUAGGUGCUCGCCGCCGCUCUGAGUUAGAGCCUUGUCUCAAAGAGCGUCAGGCAGUUCAUAGAGACAGAACCAGCUGCUGGUGUGGAUGCAGUGAGAGAUAGAAACAUUGCUCCGCUCAGCCGUGGGUGCCCUCUCCCUGUAGACUCAUGGUACCUCUUCCAGGGACACAGACUUCUUAGUGACUUGCAGGAUUAACCUUUCCAAAUGUCCUGCCUGACCUUACCUGUGCCUCCCUGGUGUCCCCAAGUUAAAAUAUGCCCAAACAAGUCAAAGAGAAGCCAACCUCAAGGAGUCUUUGAAGAAGAGCUAGGAUCUGGUUCAAGUCUGUGGGGGGCCUGGAGCUGUGUCCCCACACAACGCCUCUCGGUCAGGUGCUGUCUUAUUUCACACAAAGCCUUAAAUUAGUUUGAUUGCAGAAUCCCAGACAUUUAAGGUUUGGCCAGAUUUUAAAAGAUGAAGAAACCGAGAAGCAGUUUCAUUUUUCUCGGCAUGAAGGCUGCCAUGGCACAGAAUAACCAGUGGAACCAAUUCUUCUUGCCUGUUUUUGCAUGGAAUCUAAUUAGCUGACCCAAUCAUUGUAGCAAUGCUACAAUUAUAAUUAAUUUUCAUCCCUCUCAAACCCUUGUCAAACAGGGCAGCUAACUAGCUUCUCGAAUGUCCAACACGCCAGGCCAUUUCCUCUAAACAGACCUGAGAGGUCAGGCCAUAGGGCUUACUCCGGUCCAGAUGAGAAGGACUUGAACUCACAUUUGACAGUUAACACUAUUGCUAUUCCAUCUGCAUAGCUUUGCUUCAGGU